GAAUAAUUAUCUAUCGUUUACUUUGACUUGCGUUUCCGUGUUGAUCCCGAUACUCGUAGCCUCUCCAUUGCUUUUCUCAUCCCUGGCAGAUCAGUUCGAUCAGAGUCAUGAAACCACCUACGCCCUUCAAAAUCUUUGUAGCAAUCGUCUCCGGAGCUACAGCCAUCUGCUUGCCAAUCAUCGCACUCACGACGUAUCAGGUCCCAGCCUUUAACAUAACCACCUUUGCCAUAGUUCUGUGUGUGUUAUUCGUUAAAUUAAUAUGGCUCUACAGACAGUCGAGCAAACAACUUCGGCCCCACAUGACUGCCGUAAUCAUCGCCAUAGCUGUAAUUUUCUCUGGGCUAAUUCUUGGCGUGGCAAUAUGGAGGAUCCCUCUCGCCAUCCCCACUGUCGUGGCUGUGGUUCUGUUCGUGGUGUUUAGUGUGGUUACAGCCAUUACCAGGUGGUUCCCCAGAAGAAAGUAUCAGUAUCUAACCAAUUUCGACACGAAACCACGAUCAGUUGCGAGAAGAGCACUCCUCAAUAAGCCGACAAGGACGACAAUGAUACCACGAACAGUAGCUAGAAGAGCACUCCCUGAUGAGCCAAUCAGGACAACGACGAUCGAGAAUUUUCUUAACAAGUUAGCCGAAGAAAGGCCCAUCCGGUUUUUGCCUCAGCAGCUCGCAGAGUUCACGCAAAAUUUCACAGUCAAAUUGGGUUCUGGCGCGUUCGGAUCAGUCUAUAAAGGCGAACUCCCCGACCAAAAACCCAUCGCCGUCAAAGUCCUCGUCGGAAUCAUGGACAAGAGAAUGGAGGAGCAGUUCAUGGCGGAAGUGGGCACCAUCGCCGGCACCCAACACAUCAACCUCGUCCGUCUAUACGGCUUCUGCUACGACGACACCCUGAUCGCGCAGGUGUAUGAGUUCAUGGAGAACGGCUCCCUCGACAAGUUCUUGUUCAACGAGGACGACGUCGACACGUUACAAGAAAAUGAUCGCAAGGUGAUAGAGUUCGGAAGGCUGAAUGAGAUCGCCAUCGGCGCGGCGAAAGGAAUCCGGUACCUGCACGAGGAGUGCCAGCGGCGGAUCAUCCACUACGACAUCAAGCCGGGUAACAUCCUCCUCGACGCCAACUUCAACCCGAAAGUGGCGGACUUCGGGUUGGCCAAGCUGAUGGGCAGGGAGUACACCCACAUGAGCAUGACCGGAAUGAGGGGCACGCCGGGGUACGCGGCGCCGGAGAUGUGGUUGCCUUAUUCUCCGGUCACCUACAAGUGCGACGUCUACAGCUUCGGGAUGCUACUGUUUGAGAUGGUGGGGAGGAGGAAGAACUUCGAUUGCCGCGCGGCGGAGAGCGAGAAGAAAUGGUUUCCCAAACUGGUGUACAAGCAAUGGGACAGUGGAAUGCUGGGAGAGGUCAUGGCGGCUCGUGGGAUUGAGCAGAAGGCGGAGAGGGAGAGAGCGGUGAGGAUGUGCAAGGUGGCGCUGUGGUGCGUCCAGUACAGCGCGGAGGCGAGGCCGUCGAUGAGCAAGGUGCUGCAGAUGCUGGAGGGAGAGAUUGAGAUCGAGCCACCGCCGAAUCCUUUCACGGGCUUGUAUGUUUCAGACGUGCCUGAUAGUCAUUUGAGUGGAGGAAUCAGUAAUAGUAAUGACCUUCAAAGUUUACUUCCAGUUUGAAGCUAAUCCUUGUAAACUGAUAAUGUUUGAGGUUCGUGGGUUGGUGUAAGAUUUUCAUUUCUAGAUUUCUGCUGUAAGUAGAUUUGCCUAUCGAAGAGCAUACAGUGCAAAUCAUAUCAAUCAGAGCCACAUAAGCACUUUUGUCA